UUUUAGAUCACUUCAUUUGAGACAACAUGGCUGCUGCUGCAGGCCAUUAUUACGGCGACGGAGGCAGAGCAACAAAAAGACAAAAAACAGAUAGUGACGGAAUGGACACGGAGGGUUAUAAUGACCCGCACAAGACCUUGCCCUCGCUUGUAGUGCAUGUGAGGGGGCUCAUUGACGGCAUUACCGAGGCUGACCUAGUGGAGGCGCUGCAGGAGUUUGGCACUAUCAGUUACGUUGUGUUGAUGCCAAAGAAACGUCAGGCUCUGGUGGAGUUUGAGGACAUGAACGGUGCCAGUAAUGCAGUGACUUACGCUAACAAUAAUCAGAUCUACAUUGCUGGCCGGCCAUCCUACAUCAAUUACUCCACCAGUCAGAAAAUCUCUCGGCCCACUGAUUCCGAUGAUACACGGAGCGUCAACAAUGUGCUUCUCCUCACCAUCAUGAACCCCAUCUACCCCAUUACCACGGAUGUUCUGUACACCAUUUGUAAUAAUUGUGGACCCGUGCAAAGGAUUGUGAUUUUCAGGAAGAAUGGAGUUCAAGCCAUGGUCGAAUUUGACUCGGUCCAGAGUGCGCAGAGGGCCAAAGCGUCUCUAAAUGGAGCAGACAUCUACUCUGGCUGCUGCACCCUGAAAAUUGAGUAUGCCAAGCCAACACGUCUCAAUGUCUUCAAAAAUGAUCAGGAUACUUGGGACUACACCAACCCCAAUCUCAGUGGCCAAGAUGCCGACGCAGACGGCAAUUGGAACAAUUCACAAGAUCCUAAUGCUAACCCGAACAAGCGGCAGAGGCAGCCUGCUCUCCUGGGGGAUCAUCCACCUGAAUAUGGUGGUCCUCAGGGUGGCUACGGUCACUAUGAUGACACCUAUGGACCACCACCUCCACCCCCUCAUUAUGAGGGCCGGCGUAUGGGGCCUCCAAUUGGUCGUGGUCGUGGUGUACCCCGCUACGGUGGGGCACAGUAUGGACACGGGCCGCCUCCCCCGGACUACAAUGCCCAUGCUGAUUCUCCUGUGGUCAUGGUGUACGGCCUGGACCCCGUCAAGAUCAAUGCAGACAGAGUCUUCAACAUAUUCUGUCUGUACGGCAAUGUGGAAAGGGUGAAAUUUAUGAAGAGUAAACCAGGCGCUGCGAUGGUGGAGAUGGGAGACUGUUAUGCAGUGGAUCGAGCCAUUUCUCACCUUAACAACACCAUGCUCUUUGGACAAAAACUCAAUGUUUGCUGUGGAGAGAGCCUCAAGUGGGAUUAUGCUGCAGUCUGCGAGCAGCCAUUGAUUUAA